ACUACCAGUAGCUCACUUACUUGGAUUUUAUUGAAUUUAUCUGAACAUCCAGACGUACAAGAAAAAGUCAGAGAGGAAAUUCUCAGUGUCUUCCCAGUUAACGGAAGUGAAGUCCAUCCUAAUAAAUUUGAUGAGUUACCCUACUUAACUUGUGUAAUUAAUGAAUCCUUACGGUUAUAUCCUCCUGUAACAACAUAUUUCCGUCAAGCUAUAAAUGAUGAUAUAAUCAAUGGUUAUAGUAUACCAGCUGGUACUAUUAUUGGUCUAAGUAUUAGUGGUCUUCAUAGACAUCCUGACAAUUGGAAAGAUCCGGAAAAAUUUAUUCCAGAGCGGUUUCUUGAAGAUACAGAUAUAAAUAAAUUUAUGCCUUUUGCAGCAGGACCAUUGAUGUGUAUUGGUAAAAGAUUUGCUAUGGCGGAAAUGCAGACAGUGCUGAUUCUAUUACUUAGAAAGUUCCGAUUCAAAAAAAUUCCUGAUUAUAAAUUCCGAAGAGUACAAAAUUUGACCAUGGUCCCAGAACCGGCAAUGAAUUUAAGUAUAGAAAGAUUAUGA